AUGUCAAACUUCAGGCAAGCAAAUGUUGGAGAGGCGGCAUCCCACGAGCAGACGAACUACUAUGCAGGUCUCCAUAUAGAGAACAGCGAAGAGGAAGAUUCAGCAAACGAAUUGCUAGAGGAAACGGCGGGGGAGACCGCAGAUGAUUGGGAGGAGAGUGAUGACGAGGUUAACAGCCAGGCUGGCGAAGAGAUCCUGCCUUGGAGUAGAAACCGUCCGCGUAGGCGUAGGACCGACACAGCGAUACAGCGCAAGUACAUGGGCAAGUGCCUUACCUGCGAGCAGCGAGGGCAUAAGUGGCGGGCAUGCCAGAGCCUUUGCACGCACCACCUGCGCAUUAUGGAUGAGCGGAUCCGUCAUAAUGGCCAAGAGUGCCCGCUCAAGGGCCGGCUCUAUAAAAAGCACGGAGUGUCCGACGCGUUGCUCGCGCAAUUCGAAACAAGCGCGAUAGCCAGGGCCGCAUUAGAGAGAGAAGAGUUGAGGCCAAGGAUCGUGUUAGUGAGAGAAGAGGAGGUCGAGCGCGCCUAUCAGGAGGGCUCAAUGGCCGGGUGGGAGGACGCUCUGCAAGAGGGCGAAGCGCGUAGGCAGCGGUCUUCGGAAGCUCAACGCGCGCCGCCUAGAAACACCAGCCCCAUUGAGCUGCCUACCCAAGAACCAGAAUACUCAGGCCACGACAGGAGAGCUCGUCCUCCUCAAGAGUUAGAGUACCCGCACUACGAGAUGAGCGGUGGGCAUCCUCCCCAAGAGCCGGAGUACCAGCACUAUUACAGGGAACCUCGCUCCCCUCAGGAGCCAGAGUACCCGCGUUACGACUGGGAAACUCGCGUCUGGCGGGAGGGUAGAAUGCACGGGCGGGAGGAAGCUCUACCAAGAGUCAUAGCGCACACUCAGCAGCCAGUGUACCAAGAAUACGGGAGGAGACCCUACACCCCUCGGGAGCCGGAGCAUCAAGACUACCAACCGCGCAUUCGCCUCCCUGCUCGGGAAGCAGAGAACCAAGUAUACGGAAUGGCCUCUCGCCGCUCUCCGGCGCCGCGACGUCGGGACGACAGCUACGAUAGGAGCAGUUUCCACUACUCCCCGCCGCUGCGACAGGAGUACGAGGGAUACGGAAGGAGUACUCGCCCCCGUUCCCCGUUGCGAAGGGAGUACGGCGGCGUCUACGUCACCAUUAACCCCCGUUCCCCGCCGCGACGAGAGUACGACAGCCGCGGAAGGGACGAGUACGACUAUGAAAGGAGUAUUCGUCCUGUCCGCCCCCGUUCUCCGCGGCAGCCAGAUUACGACAGCUACGAAAGGCCACGGCGAAGAGAUGAGACUGGGCGCCAUCCGGAGCCUGGGUAUGGGUAUGGGUACGGGCACUUCCCUUACCCCUACUCGCCCUGGUACCCGUCAUACCCGCCGCCGCCGCCGCACUGGGGUUAUCCGCCGCCCUACCCUUCGCCUUCAUACUCUGAUCGGCGGACCCCUCCUGAGGAUCGUGACCGUCGCAGGCAGUGA